AUGCCUGGCAUUUUGCGUACCCUGCAGGACAUGACUGCGCUGUCUUUCCUGCAUGAGCCUGGCGUAUUAUGGAACCUGCAGAGCCGGUACAAGCGGGGCGACAUCUACACGUACACAGGAAGCAUUCUGAUAGCAGUCAACCCUUUCAGGCCGGUACCCCACUUGUACGGCGCAAAUGUAAUCGAUCAGUACCGCUCUUCACCGCGAGAGCAGCUGCCGCCACACGUUUAUGCGACCGCGUGCGCUGCCUUCCGCAACAUGAUACGGGACGGUGCUGGACAGGCCAUCCUGGUCACCGGGGAGAGCGGCGCUGGCAAGACGGAGACAGCGAAGCUGAUCAUGGCGUGCCUGACGCACCUCGGAGCGCAGCACAGUAGUUCCAGGCACAGCGGAGCUGGGGCAAUUUUGGAGUCGAACCCUUUGCUGGAGGCAUUUGGCAACGCAAAGACCCUGCGCAACAACAACUCCUCGCGGUUCGGGAAGUACGUGGAGAUUUUCUUCGAUCCCGCAGCUGGGGGCAUGGUCACGGGGGCGGCCGUGAGGACUUACCUGCUGGAGCGCUCGCGGGUGGUGGCGGUGAACAACCCGGAACGCUCCUUCCACAUCUUUUACCAGCUCGUAUACGGUGCAAGCCCAGGAGAUCGUGCGGCAUGGCGACUGCCGGAGUCUGCGUCGGACUUCGCGUACCUGGCUAGAAGCUCCUGCUUCACACUACCCGGGCAGUGCAAUGUGGAGGAGUACCAUCACACUCGGCGCGCAAUGUCGCACAUCGGCCUCAGCGAGCAGCAGCAGUCAGCGGUGCUGGCUACGGUGGCCGCUGUGCUGCACCUGGGCAAUAUAACCUUCACGGACUCGGAUGGCGAAGGUGCCGUCGUGGCGGGGGCCCCGGGGCGGAGGGCGCUGGAGGCGGCUGCGGAGCUGCUGGGUGUGGAACCGGAGCCCCUGGCUGAGGCGCUCACAACACGGCAGAUUCAGACACCGGAAGGCCCGAUUGCAACGCCUUUGUCAGUGCAGGCCGCGGUGGACGCGCGAGACUCCAUGGCAAAGGUCGUGUACGCACGGUUGUUUGAGUGGCUUGUCUCAGCCAUCAACACUGCCGUGGACGAGGCGCACAACGGGACGGGUGCCGGUGGCGGGUCGUCUGGGGGCACACCGCCGGGGCGGCACCUCUCCAUCGGUCUGCUUGACAUUUACGGCUUUGAAAGCUUCGAUGUCAACGAUUUGGAGCAGCUCUGCAUCAACUUGACGAACGAGAAGCUGCAGCAGCACUUCAACCAGCAUGUAUUCAAGUGGGAGCAGGCCGAGUACGAGCGCGAGGGCGUGGACUGGUCGUACAUCUCUUUUCGGGACAAUGCGGAAGUCCUGGAUCUGCUGGAAGGUCGAAUGGGCCUUAUGGAUCUUUUGGACGAGCUGUGCAGGUUUCCAAAGGCUUCGGCGGAGGAUUUGUCUCACAAGUACCGCAGCAGCGCCGCCGUGUCAGCCAACCCGCGCUUUACGAAGCUGAACCGACCCGCAACGGCCUUCGGAGUCGAGCAUUACGCUGGCUCCGUGACCUACAGCACGCAGAACUUUUUAGAAAAGAACCGGGACUACGUGGUUGCGGAGCAUCAAUCCCUGCUGGGCCGAUCCCGACGGCCCCUGCUGCAGGAGCUCUUUGCGCCGGAGGUCCCCGCCGCUCAGUUUCAGUUUCGCAGCGUUUCAUCUCAAUGCCGCCGCCAGCUGGCGGAACUCAUGUCGGCGUUGUCGCAGCUGCAGCCCCACUACGUGCGCUGCAUCAAGCCCAACCCUUCGGGUGCGCCUGGCGAGUUCAACGCGCCGUACAGCUUGCAUCAGCUGCGCUGCGGCGGUGUCAUGGAGGCCGUACGUAUAGCGUGUGCGGGCUACUCGUACAGGCGCCCCUUUGCGGCCUUCCUGGAACACUUUUGGCAGCUGUGCCCCGAACCCGUCCACGCGCAGGAGGACACUCCACGUGUCGGCGAGGUGGAUGCGGGGCCGCAGUACCACCUAGGCCACACCAAGGUGUUUCUGCGCGCCACAGCGGCAGCGGCACUGGAACGGCGGCGCUUGGCGGCGACGAACGCAGCGGCCACGACCAUUCAGGCGCACUUGCGGAGACACCAGGAAUUCCGGCAAGAGCGCGCGGCGCUGAUAAUGCAGACUACCUGGCGAAGCGCCGUGAUACGGCGGGAGUAUCUGUUCACGCUGCGUUACUGGCGGGCGGCGGUGCGCAUCCAGACGGCAUGGCGGGGCUACGCGGCGCGGCAGCUGUACUUGCAGGCGAGGAAAGGAAAUGUAUAA